GCAUUCCCCAGCAGAAAGAGCGUCGGUUGUUUCCUAGUACGGAAAAUUUCGCUGCGCAACGACGACUUUAUUGUGCAGCUCCCUUUCGCAGGUGGUGGCAUCCUGCAAGUGUAAAACCAGUGUCUCCUCGAAGCACAAGUAUCAUCAUGACGUUCUGGCCCCAGUUCUUCUGCUUCGUACGUCGUUCUUCGUUCGCAUUGCAGCUGACACUGCUCAGCUGUUUGUUCUUGCAAAACACCAAAUCGGAGCGGUUUUUCCUGGACAGUGAUUUUCUUCCAAACACCGGGGAAACCGUUUUAUUGCACGUCUUUCACACCGGCGGCGCAAAAACCACGAACGCAGCGUCCGCGCAGAGUUUUUCGGGGAUAGAAGCAGCUGGUAGCGGCCCUGCAUCAAAAGCAGCACCUGUUGGUGGCAGCUAUGGAACUGCAGCUGGAAACGGAUUGUAUGCAACCAAUCCGAAAAAUCCACCGAGAGCAGCGGAGACCAAAACUGCAGCUGCAGCUGCUCUGCCCAGGUCAAAACCACCAUCGCCGACGGGCAGCACCAUAACUACGAGUGCGCCGAAGCCCAAAGCUGCAAGUAUAGCUCUGGUGACUACAACUUCUCCGCCACCUGCCACGAAGCCAUCACCAUCGGCGACGACUGCAGCACCGAUUGCAAAGGCGAAGUCCACCGCGCCACUCGCUGCAACUGCGGGCGAUGUCGUGCCGAAAACACUUGAACAGACGAAGCCGCAGAGUUUGCUGGGAUUGGGAGAGAAGCAACUACAGAAAUCUAACGCGACGACGGGAGCGGUGAGCAGGCCGGGUAAAAAUGAUGGUGGAUCAACUUCUGUUGCUCUUCCUGCAGGUCGUACUACUGGUACCAGCAACAGCACGAGCACCGCAGGAGCGCCAGGGUUGCUCGCGAGCAAGCCUAGUAGUGCUACAGCAAUUGCGAAUGCAACCGCGCUGGGGACGAGCUGGAGCAACGCAAAGACAAAAAACGAGACAGGUACAGACCACUCUCAGACGAGUGUAGCGAACACAUACAAGAGUCCAGCUGUAGCAGCUAACAGGACGAUUGAAAGUAGUACAAAGAAACUGACUGGAGCUGGACCUGCAGCAACGGCCGCCGGCGCCGCGCCAUCCGUGUUGACGCAAAAUCAAACUACAGCGACGAGUGCCAGCAGUCUUUAUGAUCGGGCAGCACUAAAGCCGAAGCCGAACGCAACGUCGGCCGCAAACGGUGCCACAGCGCAAUUGGCUCUUGAUCGAACAAAGGAAUACAGCUCAGCAUCCGCGCCGUUAGCGACCGGAAUAUUGAAACAUGUGGCCACGACGAUAAAUUCCACCACGACAGUUCCUCCGUCUGUAUUGCAAGCCAGCGCGACACUGAUAACCGGACUACCCCCUGCACCUGGACUUGAUGUUGCACAAUUGACAACUCUAGCGCCUGACGCCAAGGAGGUACAGGUUGUGAAUUCGACCGUAGGAGCUAAGGUAAGUACACACGUGCCAGCACUCUCAGAGGUUUCUCCAAGGGUGGGAGGUUCGUCUACGUCCUCAUAUUCCUCUACAACAACGGCGCCGCAACUUUCAAAAGUUGGGCAACCUCCGGUCGUAACCACGAAUUCGACAAAUAAAAUUGUCGCCGCAACUGCGGCUGGUGCUGAACCAAUUCCACCUUCACUAAAAAGUGCCCAAGCUGCUAGUACAACAUCCGCGCCGCCAGCCCCGGUUUCAGCACUGGCUCCGCCCAGAGCUGCCACUGGAUACACAGGAGGUUUAGUAGAAGCAGCGGAAGGCGAAGGCGCGAGUGAGGAAGUCCCUCUGCCAGGCACAGCGCCUUCAACUAUGGACGUAGAUGACCGGCGGAGGAGGUUACAAAUGAUCGCACAACCGAAGGUCGAGAGCCCCAUUUUUGGCAAUGAGUUCCUUCUAGACGUGGAUACGAGAGCCUGGAAGACGAAAAUACCGGAAAAUCUCGCCAUAAACUACAGAUUUGCGUUGAUGCCCUAUUCGACCUAUCGGGCCGAAUGCAAGAGCCAAGUUGGAAAGUGCGUCUGUGCAGCUAGUAGCACGACCUCCGCAGCUGCGAAGGGCCUGAGAAUUGUCCCGAUCUCAAACAACAACAAUCCCGGCGGCAACAAACCGAAUACCUUCUUUACCAGGCGGAAAGUCACGAUAAAAUCCUCCGGUAGUGAAUUGGAGGAAUACUAUUUGCUGUUAUUUGCAAAUUGCAACCAGGAGAGGUUGGCGCCAGUUGCGAGAGGUGUGACAACGAGUUCUGCCGGUGAUGCCGGAAACGAAGUAUCCGUCAGGUUCUCCUACGGUUUUUUGAACGGCGUCAGCUUGGCAAAGCUCAAAUUCUACCAAGUGCUCCUCAUGGCCUAUUUCGCGUUAGCUGUGGUGUGGGGCUGUAUCACCCUGAUGGCCAAGGUGUACUUUCGGGGGAAGGGGGAGGUACUUCUACUUACUUACUUCGAUUGAAAAAUUGAGCAUGAGGAUUGAUGUUUUUGUUUGCCUUCCUCGUGAUGUUAGCAGACCAGGCCUCAACAGCAUCUCCUCGUACGAAAAUCACAUGACACACUCACACAGGUAAACAUCCUUCUGGUCCACCAGUACCUCACCCGGGUUCUCAUCCUCUGCAUCGUCGAGGUUUUCCUUUGGUGGGUGAAAUUCUCCUCUUGGAAUUCCACCGGAUCGAGGCCCUGGACGCUGUUGUUCCUCGCGCGGAUGGCGUAUUCCUUGAAGGUUGGUAUGUUCUGGGUCAUGAUUUCGUUGUUGGUGGCAAAGUGCUGCGGCGUCUACCGACUGAUUCUCUCCUCGGAUCACAAAAUCACCGCUGGAAGCGUCGUGUCUUCAGGAGGAGCGGGAGGAAGCGGCGGUAUUAUAAUCAAUCUGAUUUUUUUCUUCAAGAAGUGGAGAUGGAGGCACUAUCACGUGCAAACAAGUAAGUACUAGUUAUUUCACCCUCGUGCAUAAUCUUAUCUGGGAUGCUGUGGUAGGCAUGUGAUGUUUCCGUGUAGUUUGCCAUCGUGUAUAACAUUAUGUACUCACGAUGGUUUCAUGCGAUGGAACUUCAAUUUCCUUUCUUCAACGACAGGGCAGCAAACUUGCAGCCUGUUUAGCAUGAUCCGCGGUCAGUUUGGUGAGCGCGCGAAACGGGUGAUGUGCGUUGCGGUCUGUUAUAUUUUCGGCGAGCUGUUCUGGCAGUGCAUCUCGAUUUACAAAAAUCAACGGACCUUCAUUCCCAGCACCGACAGGGGGCGAUUUAUCCGGGACCGUUUGUUCUAUGGGUUAUCAGAGCUGAUCUUCGUCGUCUUCAUCGCAUCCUGGAUUCUGAAAACUUUGAAGGACAACGAACCGCUCAUGCUGCAGAGCAAGAAUGCGAUGCUGAUUCAGGUACUAAGCUGAGAUAGUACAACUUGGAAGUCUGUGCGUCUUCAAUGUGAUUUUGUUCCGUACUCACAAAGGACAGAGCCAGACUCGGUUGGUGAUUUGUCAGUCUCUAGCAAGGCUGCAAGCACAAUUAUGUUGCUGCACAUACAAAAACCACCAGGCCUACUCCCGCAUGCGCGCAGUCCUUCGCGUCACCUUCGCAGCUAAGAUCCUGGUGCAGGGGUUGAAAUACGUUUACUACCCGGUGAAGUUCCUUUUUUUCUACAAUAGCUACCUGCAAGACAGCAGCAAGGAAAUUGCAUUUUACGACUUGGGCGACAGCUACUACUUGCUCGAGGUGAUCUUCCCGCACUUGCUGGAUUUCUUCAUUCUGUCUUCCCUCUUCCUGAUUUGGUACCCCCGGCCAGAGUUCUCCCAUGUGGACACGGAAGACAGCAGACUGGCCGUGCUGGAGGAUCAGGAGAUGGGGAAGGAGCAAGGGAACAGCGGUACUAGUGGUUCCAACAAAGCAGGAACAGCAGCCGCAGCGUCAACGUCUUCAACUUCUAUUCUGGAAGUUGGCCUCUCGAGCCUGUUCGGCAGGUCGCGAAGUGCGACCCAAGCUUCUACUGCAAAAGUAGCCAAGAGCAGUAUUGAGGAUGACUUUGAUCCGAACUUCAAACCUGCGACGUCAAGUUCGAGAUUUCAUGACGACGACGAAAUGGAAGAUGACUUUGAUCCGAAUUUCGGCCAAAAGCAAACAGUGGCUGUGGAUUUAGACGACGAUGUUGGGAUGGAUAGCGGCAACCUCACUCCCGGAGAAAUGGAUAUGAAUUCGUUCCAGUUCCAUCUCGACGAAUUGUCGCGGACGGGCGGGGGUGCUAAUACUAAAUCACCUUCGGGAGGUGCUGGUACGAGUCGAGCGGGUUCUCCACAAGUGAAGUUGGAUGCUGGUGCUGGAACGAAACAAGAACAGCCGAAGAAUACGAGAGCUGUGCGGGGAUCAACAUCCUCGUCGUCUUCACCUACUCCAAAGCAAGCGGAUGCUGGAGCUCUUGCAUCAAACCAAGCGGCAAGAGGAAGUGGAAGCGGAGGCGGCCUUGGUUUAGGCGUCGGCAGCGCGACGACAACCGGAGCGAUAGAAAUGACCACGAACAGCGCAAAGGCGAUCAACCAAGCCGGCGGUGGAUUGGGUUCGACGCGAACACAGGUUGCAAGCGGCGCUCCUUCGCCUGUUCGCACAACUGGCGAGCAGCCAACGAAGGUGAGACCAGCAGUGGAUGUGAGCAUAGCAACGGGAACUGCAGCUGCAACAACAGCAGCGACUAAAGUAGAGGCUAUGACUGCGUCUUCCUCCUCUCUCGCUCCUACCCCAACCUCUAUCGGUAUUGUCACGGCGAACAGCGCAGCCAGCGCGUCCCGAAUAGCAACGAUGGACCCGACCGCGGCGUCGGGGGUGAAAAUAGAGGGCGGAGUGAUGUCUUUCGCAGCUGCACCGAAGGCCUCUUCGACCACACCGACUUCGAUGUCAAGGAACUCGCCGGUAGGAGCAGAUAGUGCGAAGAAAGCGGCGACGCAAGUGCCGCCGGGUGGAUCUACUUCAGAUGGGGGCUCGAAGGAGGCUGCGGGAGUGCUGCCUGCUGCUGGGGGAGAGCAAUUAUCUGGUAGUGGAGGCCCACCGAAAAAGUUUGCGAUAAAAUCAGCCCGACUCCGGCGAGGAGAGAAGGAGGAUGGGGCUGCUCAGGGAGAGGUGGAGCCAGGAGGUUGGCAGAAAAUGCCAGUUGCUGGUGCUCAAUGAUAAGUGUAAUGCACAUGCGCAUCUACUCGUGGCGAACGCGAACAUGAUCUGCUUACUGGCACGAAUCCGAAUUUCUUGAGGGUUCCUCGUAUCAUGAGUAGUAGUUAAAAAGGAGCAAAAUAUAGCGCAGUCGAAUCAAUCCUAACCCCAGGUGGAGGCACGCAGAAACUUGAAACUGAAGCUGAAUGUACUCCCCGGACUCUGUUGAUGAUUGGGUAAUUAACACGAAAACUGGAAGAUGAGAGGCUUGGUUGUGACUCGCGCAUUUGCAAC